AUGCCAGAGAGAAUCACAAUUGCCGGAUGGAAACAUGUCCGUAUGUAUCUGCCAAAACCUCAAAAACAAUGCGAUUGCCAUAUCGGUGAUCCACCUCCGUGGACUGGAGAAGUUCACGGGCUCAGUCAAGCUCUGAUGAGCAAGACACUCCGAAUGCGAAUAUUUUGGUGGAUCGUCAUUAUUAUAUGUAUUAGUCUUGGUGCAUUUACAACUCUUCUUAUUAUAAUCGAGUAUAUUCAAGGACCCACUGCCACUUCAACCACGAUCAGACUGGUGAACUCACUGGAGUUCCCAGCCAUUACAAUAUGUCCAAAAGUUCCGGAUUCUUUUAACAUAUCUGGAAUACGAGGUGAUAUUAAAGAGAGCCUACCGGAUAUCUCCGAUGAAACAGCUGACGAUCUAUUAGAGUAUUUCGUUGCUGGAAGUGGUUUGGAGAACAUGAAUGACGUCACAUAUUUCAAUCGAACCUACUUGAGUCAACUGAACAACUAUUACAAGAUUUGGUCGGAAGGAUAUACGGUAGACGGGUUUUUUGAAAUUAUUCAGCAAAAAUACGGUUACAAAUGUCAGGACUUGUUCUAUGAAUGUCAGUUAGCUGGUAAAGUUUUAGAUUGCUGCAAUGAUUUGAUGGUUCGACGGGUUGUGAUGCGUCGAGGGAUUUGCUAUCAAACAAGGAGAGAUGUUAACCAGUCCGAAGCUGAUGACAUCGGGAGGAUUGUCUUCAGCUUAAAAGCACCUUCCAGUUAUACCAGUGCCAAAAACAACUACACACAGACACAAUUGAUUGUGUACAUAACUGAUAAUCACGAUGUGGUCACGGAAUUUCCAAGAUUUUAUUUGUACCCAAAUGAAUGGAAUCGAAUGAGGUUCACUGCUAGAUUGAUAGAGUUGAUUCAGAAUAAAGGAGUUUGUACAAAUCAUAUCUUCGGUCGCGACGCCGAGUGCAUGGUUCGCAAGUGGUAUCUGUCAAAUAUCAUCAUUCCAUUCAACUGCACACUACCCUAUCUCAAGAGCAUAACAAAACUGCCACCGACGGGCGGUGUUUGCAAGCCAGAUGUUAUUGCCGAUAAUUAUUUGGACAAAAUACAAUAUGUGUGGAACAGCGCUGAAGUCAACGAGGAGUGCACUCCCGGCUGCAACCGUUGGGAUUAUCAGACGAGCGUUCAGCAAAGUCAGACGCUAUCUCCUUUCGAAGACUACACCUUCAAUUUGGAGGCAUCGUUCAACGACUUGCAGUACGAGUACGUCAAGGAAGUCUACACAACGUCGAUUCCUGGGUUUAUGUCCCAGAUUGGAGGCCAAUUUGGUUUCUUCCUCGGUCUCUCUAUAAUCACACUCAUUCAAAUGGUUCUUUACGGAUUCCACGGAGCAUUCAUGUUUGCUAAGAAGCAUAUUCAGAGGAAGUUCCCAUUUUGCAAAAUACAUCCAUCGGACGAUUACCCCCGCUCCACGAUGACAUUUGACCAUCACUCCAACAACAUCUAUCCGCCAGAAAAAUCAAUCUCCAAGGAGCACAUUGCAACUCUGAGCCGUCGAGUGAUCGCAACCACUCCUCCAAGUCCAGUUUCCACGAUUAUUGACUCUGUUGAUCUGCCACCACACUGGGGACUCCGUAACAUUGACCGUUCACGUGAAAAUCCACUUUUUGAUGAGAACGCCAAGUAA